AUGGGUUGUGGUUCUUCGGUAUAGACAAGAGAAACGAGUUAAGAAAUAUAAAUGAAAUAGAAAAGGUUGAAACUAAAAACUUCAUCAACUUAACCUGACGAUAUUAAAAAGAAAUUAUUUCGAAAUAAAGAUGGAAAGUUAUUUUAUGUAAUAGAAGAAGAUAAUAAAUACAUUUAAGUUCCAUUACUUUAUAGUAUAGAAUAGAAUGAUUUAUUAAAUAGAAGGAGAUAAAUGCAUACAUAAAGUGAUUAACUAUUUUGA